GAUUUGGUUUUUCAAUACAUAGUCUGUGAAAUGCGACCACUCCUAACUUGUGAAAAACAUAGUUUUCGCAAAUUAAUUUUGGGACUUACUCGUACAAACGAUGAAUCAAUAAUUCCAAAUUUAAAAAAUUUAUCAAAUCUGUUGAAUACUAAUUAUAUCUCUUAUGUAACCAUGUUGAAGUUGACAUUUGAGAAAUUAAAAUUCAUUUGUACCACUGCGGAUAUUUGGAGUGCCAACAACAAAAGUUAUUUAGGGAUGACUUGCCACUUUAUCGAUGCUGAAACAUAUGAACGUAGUUCAUUUGUUUUGGGCUGCAGAAGAAUAAAAGGAAGUCACAAUUACUUGAACAUUGCAGAAACAAUGACAACAAUCAUACAAGAGUAUAAUAUUCAUUAUUCAAAAAUCACACAUACAGUGACAGAUAAUGCCAGCAAUUUCGGCAAAGCUUUCAGAACUUUCUCAACAAGCUUACUACCAUCUCAGUCAACUACUAUGAGUAUAGGUGACUUAAAUGAAGACAUUUUAGACUCCGAGGAUUCUGAUUUUGAAGACAAUAUUACGACAGUUGAUAUUGCGAUUUCAGUAACAAAUUCAAUAGAUUCUACUACUGAUGGUGAGGAAGAACACUCUGAUAACAGUGAUGAUUUUUUUAAAAAUGUAUGUACACCAAAUAAUUUAAAUAGCUCAUCUGACCCAGAAUCAAGAAAUUUAAAUAACGCAAAUGUCCAAGCAUUAUCUUUUUUUAAUAAUAAAAAAAAAGAACUCAAUAUAUUAAAUAAAUUUUCUACUAUCAAAGAAGUUUUCUUACAAUAUAAUACAACCAUACCAUCUUCAGCAGCAGUUGAAAGAUUGUUUAGCGGAGCAAUACAAGUUUUAACACCAAGACGUAAUCGCCUUGGUGAUAAAACUUUUGAAAAGUUAUUGUGCUGCAGAGCAAAAUAUAUUUAA